AUGGACGAGCGGGAAGAAGAGAAAGUAUUCAUUUAGCAAUUGCAAAAAUUUUGGGAACAGAGAGGUGUAUCGGUCAAAAUACCUCAAAUUGGUGGGCGAGAACUGGAAGUUUUCAAGCUAUACAAAGCAGUCACAAAAAGAGGAGGCCUUAAAAGUUGUAUCAGCAAAUAAAUUAUGGAAAGAAAUUGUAGAUCAAUUCUCGUUUCCAGCCACAUAAAUCAUUAUUAGAAAUUGCUUUUGGCAUAUGAAUAAAUAAUAGCUCUUCUUUGGUAAAAGAGGAUGGGCUAUAUAUAUGAUGAAGAAAUGAGUUCCAAUAGAAAAAAAACGAAAAUAGGAUAUGAGGAAGAAAAUCAAUAGGCUGGCUAUGUGUAAUAUUACUAUCUAUUUCAAAGUGCAGAAGCUGAAGACAGACAACACUAAAUGGAAUUCAGUGGAUAACCUCUAAGUGCUCUUUUGAAUUUAAACUAUGCCAAGGUGGAAAAGGCAGAGACCAUAUUUUUCAUUAAGAAAUCUAAAAUACAAGCAUAAGCCAGUGAAGUCAAAAAGAAUUAUCCUUGCUUUUGA